CGCCUCUCGAAUAUGUCAACAGUUGAAAACAUUUUCUUGUGACCAAUUUCGCCCCUCUAAAGUCUCAUUUAAAUAAUAUAAUAAAUUAAUAAAAUAAGUAAAUUAUAAUAAAUAAAUAAAUACUAAAAAAUGAUGGAAGAUGUAGGAAACAACCCCCUCCAAGAAAGUCAGGACACUUCCCCAGAGAUUGUGGACUUGAAUAGUGAGACUGCUUCACUUACUGUUGACAUAUCAGAUGCUCUUAGUGAAAAAGAUACUGUGAAGUUUACAGUACAUACUAAGACUACGCUUCCUGAAUUUAGCAGUCCUGAAAUAUCAGUUGUUCGUCAUCAUGAUGAGUUUGUUUGGUUGCAUGAUGCUCUCGAGGCUAAUGAAGAUUAUGCUGGUAUUGUGAUUCCACCAGUGCCACCGAGGCCUGACUUUGAUGCAUCGAGGGAGAAGUUGCAGACCUUAGGAGACCUCGACAAGCGCAUUCCACAUGACGAAUUCCAGAAGAUGAAGCAGGAAUUAGAAGCUGAAUAUUUGGCCACAUUUAAGAAGACAGUAGCUAUGCAUGAAGUCUUCUUGCAAAGGUUGGCAAGCCAUUCUUACCUCAGGUCUGAUGUCAAUUUCAAAGUUUUCCUUGAGUACCAAUCCGAGCUGAACGUCAGAGGCAAGAACAAUCGAGAGAAGAUCUCCGGAUUUUUGAAGAGCGUCAGUCAGUCGGCUGAUGAGAUGUUGCUGUCGAACCAGAAAGAUACUGAUGAAUAUUUUGAGGGACAGAGGGCCUUCCUCGUUGAGUAUUUCAAUCGUAUCAAGGAUUGCGCCAAUAAGGCAGACAAGAUGACUAGAAGCCAUAAAAAUGUUGCCGACAGUUACAUCAAGAUAUCGACAAAUCUUGUUCAGCUGGCUGCCAUUGAUAAUCAAGAUUUGGAAAAGUUGUUGAACAAAAUAGCUGAAACUUUGGAAAAAGCGAGAAAAAUAGAAGGCAGGGUGUCCUCAGAUGAGGAUUUGAAGCUUACAGAUACAUUGAAAUACUACAUGAGAGACACCAUGGCCGCUAAGAACCUUCUGUUUAGGAGGCUGAAGAUGAUCUCAAAUCUGGACAUCGCCACUAAAACUUUGGAAAAAACACGCGCUAAAAAUAAACCUACUGAUGCUGCUGAAGAAGCUGAGAGAAAUUUGUCAGAGAAAGUUGAAAAGAUGAGCGUUACUGCCAAACAAGAGUUGGCCGACUUCAAAAGUAGAAGAAUUGCACUAUUCAAGAAGAACCUGAUCGAUCUUGCGGAGCUUGAACUGAAACAUUCUAGGGCCCAAGUAAAUUUGUUGACAAGUGCAGUCAACUCAAUGAAAGAGAUUGAACCAGUUAAUUAACUGUUUAUUGAUUCGUUGGUGAAUUGGUUGAUAUUGAUUGGUUAAUUUAUUAGAUAAUUGUAUAAUUUAUUUAUGAUUCGUUAAUUGAUUGGCUUAUGGAUCGAUACUUGGAUAAAUUCGUUUGUUCAUUCAUUUGUUUGAUACGAUACAAUACAAUACAAUAAAUAUGUAUAUACAUUUAUGUGUGCUUAUGUAUGUAUAUAUAUAUAUUUAUUUAUUUGCGAAUUUUUGUAGUACAUUUUUACUUUUUUCGAUAUGUUCGAUCGAAUAAAUUUGUUUAACACUAACCAAAUUUUUAUAUUUUCUUACUUGUUACAUUUUUUAAU